GCCGCCGUCGCCCCGCUGCCCCCGCCGGCGCGAGCCGCCCGCAGCAUGGCGGGAGCCGCCUCCUCCCCUCCCGGCGGGCGGCGGCGGCUGCGGCUGCGGGACGACGGGGUGCGGAGCGACACCUCCGCCGAGCAGAGCAAGGUGGAAGACAUUGUGCAGGAGGUCUACAACACUUUCACAGCGAACCAUCACAUCUCACAACUCGUUCUGCACCGGGAGAAGCACCUCCAUUACCUGAAGAGAGGCCUCCGGCAGCUGACUGAAGCCUACGAGUGUCUGGAUGCCAGCCGCCCCUGGCUCUGCUACUGGAUCCUGCACAGCCUGGAGCUGCUGGAGGAGCCCCUUCCCGAGUCAGUCGCCUCUGACGUCUGCCAGUUCCUGAGCCACUGCCAGAGCCCCCAGGGUGGUUUUGGGGGGGGCCCCGGCCAGCACCCACACCUCGCCCCUACCUAUGCCGCCGUCAACGCACUCUGCAUCAUCGGCACGGAGGAGGCCUUCAACGUCAUCAACAGGGAGAAGCUGCUGGAAUAUCUGAACUCGCUGAAACAGCCCGAUGGCUCCUUCCUCAUGCACGCCGAUGGCGAGGUGGACGUCAGGAGCGCCUACUGCGCCGCCUCCGUGGCCUCGCUGACCAACAUGCUCACCCCCACGCUCUUCGCUGGGACGGCCGAGUGGAUCGCGAGGUGCCAGAACUGGGAAGGCGGUAUUGGCGGGGUGCCGGGCAUGGAAGCUCACGGCGGGUACAGCUUCUGCGGCAUGGCGGCCUUGGUCAUCCUCAAGAAGGAACAUCUCCUGAACCUUCGGCGAUUGCUGCGCUGGGCGACCGGCAGGCAGAUGUCCUUUGAGGGUGGCUUCCAGGGCCGCUGCAACAAGCUGGUGGAUGGCUGCUACUCUUUCUGGCAAGCCGGACUCCUGCCCCUGCUCCACCAUGCCCUCUACGCCCAGGGUGAUGAGGCGCUCAGCAUGAAAGGCUGGAUGUUCGACCAGUUGGCGCUGCAGGAAUACAUCCUCCUGUGCUGCCAGUGCCCGGCCGGGGGGCUGCUCGACAAGCCGGGCAAGUCCCGGGAUUUCUACCACACGUGUUACUGCCUGAGCGGGCUGUCCCUCGCCCAACACUUUGGCAGCGGCGACAUCCAGCGCGAGGUGGUCCUGGGUGUCCCCGAGAACCGCCUGCAGCCCACGCACCCCGUCUACAACAUCACUCCGGAAAAGGCGAUGAAUGCGGUGAAGCAUUUCUUGCAGCAGCCCGUGCUCAGCCUGCAGCCAAAAGCUGCUGCCAUUUAGGGGUCCCGCUGCCCCCCAACUGCGUGGAGCAGCCCUGCCUGGGGCUGGCGGGGAGCUGUCUCGGCGUGGAGAGGUAGAGUGAGGUCCUCAGGGUGCUAGCAAUACCAAAAACCGGCCUGCUCCGUGGCCACCAGGUCCCACCACCGCUGUGCCGGGCAGCCCAUUGCCCCUCCUGGCAAGAGCCGAGCUGGUCAAGGGGGCCACGCGGCAGAGCUUUUGGCAUCAAUAAACCCGAACCGACACCUGCCGUCUCCUGUGCAGGGGGAGGGCACCAAGCUGCCACCCCUGUCUGUGUCACCCAUGGUGGCCCUGAGGGACACGGGGCAGGAGGUGACACCGAGCUUGGGCUGUUCCAAGGGGCUGCCUUGGUGCCACCUCCCCUCCCACUCCAAAAACACGCGGCUACCACGGGGAAAGGAUAAAAUAAGUGUGUUUUUUUUCUUUAUUAUUUAUAGUCUUAUAGUAAAGGGAAGCCUUAACUUGCAA